AUGGUUAGGUCAAUGAUGAGUUUCACAAUUCUAACUACCUCAUUUUGGGGUUAUGCACUGGAAAUAGCACCAUAUGUUCUUAACUUAGUUAUUUCUAAGUCGGUUCACAAGACUCCACUGGAAAUGUGGAUUGGGAGCAAGUCCAGCUUACGUCACAUUCAAAUUUGGGAAUGUUCCGCUCAUGUACUGAAAGGAAAGGCCGAAAAAUUGGAGUCUAGAUCAAAGAUAUGCUUGUUUGUGGGAUACCCUAAAAGUACUAGGGGAUAUUAUUGUUAUAAGCCUCAGUUAGGAAGACAAUCCUUGGCAUUAAAAAUACCUAAACAAUGUAUUUUGAAUGAGAGAGAUGAGUCAUUAUCUAAUCUCAUAGAUCAAGUAAACAUUGAAGGUAUUGAGAAGGUAAUGGCACUACCUAAUGGUGAUACCAACAUUGAUACAAACGUUAAAAUUUCAAAUGAUGCCAAAGUCCAGGAUUCAUCGCUCCUUAUAUAA